UUUCUGACUGUGAGAUUUAUGCCCACCUAUCUCACGCAGAGUCUUUUUCCCUCUACUUGAUGUUCAAUUGUGUCUAAUCUGCGGCCUUGUUCUCCGUCUUGAUUGACUGUGAGAUACUUAGAUUGAACUUCUAAGGCGGCUCUAGGGCUUUUGCCGCCCAUCUUCGACGAGCUCAGAGAUUUACGAAUACCCCGCCAUACGUCGUACACAUCGGACGACGACACAUAGCCACUCGCAACCAUGGCCGCAAGAACAUACGUCCCGGUCGCUGCUCGGCUGCGCGGCAGCACCGAGGAGAGCCUUGUCGCACUCGAACUCCAAGAUGGCGUCGUGUACCAAGGGUACAGCUUCGGUGCCCCCAAGAGCAUUGCCGGAGAAUUGGUCUUCCAGACAGGAAUGGUCGGAUACCCAGAAUCUGUGACUGACCCUUCUUACCGGGGCCAAAUCCUCGUCAUCACAUUUCCUCUUGUAGGAAAUUAUGGUGUUCCCUCCCGCGAAACAAUGGACGAACUCCUCAAGGACGUUCCCGUCCACUUCGAAUCCUCUGAGAUUCACAUUGCUGGCUUGGUUGUUGCCUCUUAUGCAGGCGAGGACUACAGCCACUACCUUGCCGCAUCCUCCCUUGGAACAUGGCUGAAGGAACAGGGGGUUCCCGCCAUGUACGGUGUCGACACAAGAGCCCUCACCAAGAGAAUCCGGGACGAAGGUAGUAUGCUGGGGCGAAUGCUCCUGCAGAAGCAAGGCCUUACUAAUGGCAACGCUACCCGUCUGUCGGAGGACUGGCGCUCGGGUUUUGAGGCUGUGGAGUGGUCUAACCCGAACGCUACAAAUCUGGUUGCAGAUGUCUCGAUCAAGGCCCCGAAAUUAUACUCUCCCAAGCCUUCUGACGCUCUCCUCCAUCCUUCCGGACGCCCAAUCCGAGUACUGUGCUUAGAUGUCGGACUCAAGUACAACCAACUGAGGUGUCUCGUCAGGCGUGGCGUUGAGGUCCUUGUAUGCCCAUGGGACUAUGACUUCCCCACCCUUGCCGGCAAGGAUUACGACGGACUCUUCAUCUCCAACGGUCCAGGUGAUCCAGCUAUGAUGACCAAAACUGUCAACCAUAUAAAAGCCGCCGUUGAAGAGAACCGCACCCCAAUCUUCGGUAUCUGCCUUGGUCACCAGCUCCUCGCGAGAGCAUCUGGCGCAAGCACCUUGAAGAUGAAGUUUGGUAACCGCGGCCACAAUAUUCCAUGCACGAACAUGUUGACAGGAAAAUGUCACAUUACCUCCCAGAACCACGGUUAUGCUGUGGAUACUGCUUCAUUGCCCGCAGAAUGGGAGGAGCUUUUCGUCAACGCCAACGACGGCUCAAACGAGGGUAUCCGCCACGUUAGCAAGCCACACUUCAGUGUCCAAUUCCAUCCCGAAAGCACACCUGGCCCAAGGGAUACCGAGUUCCUGUUCGAUGUCUUCAUCAACACUAUCGUCAAGACUCUGGGUGAUGCCACCCAAUUGAACCUGCCUGUGCAAUUCCCUGGAGGCGAGGCUGCCGAGACGGCAAGACUGAACCCCAGAGUCGAUGUCAAGAAGGUUUUGGUUCUUGGAAGUGGUGGUCUGAGCAUUGGCCAGGCCGGCGAGUUUGAUUACUCUGGAAGUCAGGCCAUCAAGGCUCUCAAGGAGGAAGGCAUUUACACCGUGCUCAUCAACCCAAAUAUUGCUACCAUUCAGACAUCAAAGGGUCUCGCCGACAAGGUCUAUUUCCUCCCAGUCACUGCCGACUUUGUCCGCAAAGUGAUUCUCUACGAGCGCCCUGACUCCAUCUAUGUCACCUUCGGUGGCCAGACUGCGCUUCAGGUCGGAAUUCAAUUGAAGGAUGAAUUCGAGGGACUCGGCGUUAAGGUCCUCGGAACCCCAAUUGACACCAUCAUCACAACUGAAGAUCGUGAACUCUUCGCUAGAAGCAUGGAAUCUAUUGGCGAGAAGUGCGCCAAGUCUGCCUCUGCAAGCACUGUCGAGGAGGCCAUGCAUGUUGUCAAGGACAUUGGUUUCCCCGUCAUUGUUCGCGCAGCUUAUGCCCUUGGUGGCUUAGGCUCCGGAUUCGCUGACAACGAUGCCGAGCUACUAGAGCUCUGCCAAAAGGCGUUUGCUGCCUCUCCUCAAGUCUUGAUUGAGCGCAGUAUGAAGGGCUGGAAGGAGAUCGAAUACGAGGUCGUCAGAGAUGCCAGGGACAACUGCAUCACUGUUUGUAACAUGGAGAACUUCGACCCUCUCGGUAUCCAUACCGGUGACUCAAUUGUCGUCGCUCCAUCGCAGACUCUGUCCGAUGAAGACUACAACAUGCUCCGUACCACUGCUGUCAACGUCAUUCGCCAUCUCGGUGUUGUCGGAGAAUGUAACAUCCAAUACGCGCUUAACCCAUAUUCGCAAGAAUACUGCAUUAUCGAGGUCAACGCCAGACUGUCUCGUUCCUCCGCUUUGGCUUCUAAGGCUACUGGAUACCCAUUGGCCUUUAUCGCUGCCAAACUUGGUCUUGGUAUCCCUCUGAAUGAGAUCAAGAACUCUGUCACCAAGGAAACAUCUGCCUGCUUCGAGCCAUCUCUGGAUUACGUCGUCGUCAAGAUGCCAAGAUGGGACUUGAAGAAGUUCACUCGCGUCUCCACUGAGCUUGGCUCCUCCAUGAAGAGUGUUGGCGAGGUCAUGAGCAUUGGCAGGACGUUUGAAGAAGCCAUCCAGAAGGCCAUCAGAUCCAUCGAUUUCCACAACCUCGGAUUCAGCGAGACUCCGGCCUUGAUGUCCAUCGAUGAUGAGCUCCAGACCCCAUCCGACCAGCGUCUUUUCGCCAUCGCAAAUGCAAUGCACGAGGGCUACUCAGUUGACAAGAUCCAUAGCAUGACCAAGAUCGACAAGUGGUUCCUCGGCAAGCUCAAGGGUCUCAACGACUUCGCCAAGUACAUGAACACAUUCGACACAAGCAGCAUCUCAAUUGACCUACUGCGACAAGCAAAGCAGCUUGGUUUCUGUGAUCGCCAAUUGGCGAAGUUCUGGAGCUCGACUGAGUUGGCUGUUAGAAGGCUCAGAACCGAGGCUGGCGUCACUCCGUUUGUCAAGCAAAUCGAUACGGUGGCAGCUGAGUUCCCUGCUUUCACCAACUACCUUUACAUGACAUAUAAUGGCUCCGAGCACGACUUGGAAUUCAACGACAAUGGUGUCAUGGUCCUGGGAUCUGGAGUGUACAGAAUCGGUUCCUCUGUCGAGUUCGACUGGUGUUCCGUCAGAGCUAUCCGCACUCUUCGUGAGAGCGGCCACAAGACUGUCAUGGUUAAUUUCAAUCCCGAGACCGUGAGCACCGAUUACGAUGAAGCGGACCGUUUGUAUUUCGAAACCAUUAACCUUGAGACGAUUAUCGACAUCUACGAGCUGGAAUCAUCGAUUGGUAUUCUCAUGGCCAUGGGCGGCCAAACGCCACAAAACAUUGCCUUACCAUUGCACCGCCUCAACAUUAAGGUAUUGGGAACAUCCCCUGAGAUGAUUGACAAUGCCGAGAACAGAUACAAGUUCUCCCGCAUGUUGGACAGAAUCGAAGUUGAUCAGCCUACAUGGAAGGAGCUGACAAGCUUCGAGGAGGCAAAGGAGUUCUGCAACAAGGUUUCAUACCCAGUGCUGGUUCGCCCUUCAUAUGUCCUCUCUGGAGCAGCAAUGAACACGGUCUACUCUGAGCCGGAUCUUGAGGCAUACCUCAAGCAAGCUUCCGAGGUUUCUCGCGAGCACCCAGUCGUUAUUACUAAGUACAUUGAGAACGCCAAAGAAAUUGAGAUGGACGCAGUUGCCAAGGAUGGUGUUAUGAUCGGCCAUUUCAUUUCUGAGCACGUCGAGAACGCCGGUGUCCACUCUGGAGACGCCACUCUUAUUCUCCCACCUCAAGACUUGGAGGAUACGACUAUCAAGCGUAUCGAGGAGGCAACUCGCAAGAUUGGUAUGGCUUUGAACAUUACAGGUCCAUACAAUAUCCAAUUUAUCGCCAAGGAUAACGACAUCAAGGUUAUUGAGUGCAAUGUCAGAGCCUCUCGCUCGUUCCCAUUCGUCUCCAAGGUUAUGGGUGUCGAUCUUAUUGAGCUGGCCACCAAGGCAAUCAUGGAUCUCCCAUUCGAGGCAUACGCACCUACGACACUGGUGCCAGGAACAGUCGGUGUUAAGGUCCCCCAGUUCAGUUUCUCGCGACUUUCGGGAGCUGAUCCAGUCUUGGGUGUUGAGAUGGCUUCUACUGGAGAAGUUGCUUCUUUUGGAAGAGAUAAGUACGAGGCCUACCUCAAAGCUUUGGUCUCCACUGGCUUCAAGCUUCCAAAGCGCAACAUCCUCCUAUCCAUCGGAUCUUACAAGGAUAAGAACGAGAUGCUUCCGUCGGUGAAGAAGCUGCAGGCUCUGGGCUACAAACUUUUUGCCACGGCCGGUACCGCCGAUUUCUUCAUGGAGCAUGGCAUUCGCACUCAGUAUCUUGAGAUCUUGGCCGAGGAAGACGAGCAAAAGUCCGAAUACUCCCUGACGCAGCAUCUUGCGAACAAUAUGAUUGAUCUUUACAUCAAUCUGCCAUCCAGCAAUCGCUACAGACGACCUGCGAACUACAUGUCGAAGGGCUACAAGACUCGCAGAAUGGCUGUCGACUACCAAACUCCUCUUGUGACCAAUGUCAAGAACGCGAAGAUCCUCAUCGAGGCAAUCGCAAGACAUUACGAUAUGGAAAUCACCACCCGCGAUUACCAGACCAGCCACCGAACUGUCGUUCUUCCAGGCCUCGUCAAUAUCCAGGCUUUCCUGCCUGGCAUCGCCACGUCCGGAAGCAAUGAUCUGCAGACCGUGACCGAGGCAUCCAUUGCCGCCGGUUUCACCAUGAUCAGAGUCAUGCCCGUUGGCUUGGAUAGCUGCAUCACUGAUGCAAGGACGUUGGAUAUUGCACAGGCUAACAGCAGACAAGGCGCAAGCUGCGACUACAACUUCUCUGUCGCUGCAACUUCUUCUAAUUCUGAGCAAAUUAGCUUGAUCGCUGGAGAGGUUGGAUCGUUGUUUAUCCCAUUCAACCACCUUAACGAUAACAUCAGCAAGGUCGCAGCCGUUACUGCUCACUUUGAUUCUUGGCCAACCUACAAGCCAAUCAUCACCGAUGCCAAGGUGACCGACCUUGCCUCAAUCCUGCUCCUCGCCAGUCUACACAGCAGGAAUGUCCAUGUCACAAAUGUCACCACCAAGGAAGAUAUUAGACUCAUCGCUAUGAGCAAGGACAAGGGCCUCACGGUCACUUGCGAUGUUUCCAUUUAUUCUCUAUUUGUUUCUCAAAAGGAGUACCCUGAAUGCUCUUUCUUGCCAACCCCUGCGGAUCAAACCGCCCUUUGGGAGCAUUUGAGCACCAUCGACAUCUUCUCCAUUGGCAGUGUACCAUAUCAACUUGCCAAUGCUAUUGGUGAGAAGGCCACACCAGCAAUUGGUAUUUCGGAUGCCCUCCCACUACUCUUCUCCGCUGUUGCAGAUGGAAGAUUGACUGUCGACGAUAUCAAGACUCGCCUCCAUGAUAACCCAGUCCGCAUCUUCGAGCUCCAUGAGCAAGUCGGUGCGUCCGUCGAGGUAGAGAUUGACAGGCCUUACGCAAAGGCUGCCGGUCCAGUCUGGUCUCCAUUUGUCGGGAAGAUUCUCCGCGGAUCCGUCCAAAGGGUCAUUUUCAACGAUAAGACCGCCUGCCUCGAUGGCGAGCCCUGUGCUGGAGGACCACUAGGAAAGGACAUGUCUUCGCAUGUGCUUGUCCAGGUGCCUCAAUCCCCAGCUGUCAAGGGCAUUCAAUCUCCGCUUCUCAGCCCAAUGGUUGAGGCUACGGAUCGCUCAAAGGCACGACGCACAUCCUCUCUACUGGGCCAACAACCCGGGCCACGAGCAUUCAGUCGCCAGAGAGCUCUUGAGGGAUCGGCAAUUGCCAACCUGCCAUCAAGGAUCGCGCCAACUGAGGAAUACGGUGUUCCGUUGUACCCUCAGCCAUCUAUCUCACCAUCCUUGCAAUCGCUGCUUGCCCGCUCGCCAUUCAAGAACCAGCACGUCAUUUCCGUUAAGCAGUUCACUCGCUCUGAUCUCCACGUGCUGUUCACCGUUGCACAGGAGAUGCGUCUGGGUGUUCAACGCGAAGGUGUCCUUGACAUCCUGAAGGGACGCGUCCUGUGCACCAUGUUCUACGAGCCUAGCACGCGUACCUCGACUUCGUUCGAUGCCGCCAUGCAACGCCUUGGAGGCCGCACUAUUGCAAUCUCUACAGAGCACUCGAGCACUGUGAAGGGUGAGAGCCUCCAGGACUCCCUGCGCACUCUCGCAUGUUACGGUGACGCAAUCGUUCUCCGCCACCCAGAAGAGAACUCAGUCGAUAUCGCAACCAAGUACUGCCCUGUUCCAGUCAUCAACGGCGGCAAUGGAAGCAAGGAGCACCCUACGCAGGCAUUCUUGGACCUGUUCACGAUUCGCGAAGAGCUCGGCACUGUCACUGGCCUGACAAUCACGUUCACGGGAGAUCUGCUCCACGGCCGCACCGUGCACUCCCUGUGCAAGCUGCUGCAAUACUAUGACGUACAAGUCCAACUUGUGUCUCCUCCUCAGCUUGCACUCCCAGCCGACAUCCGAGACAUGCUCAAGGCAUCUGGCCAGCUCGUCCUGGAGGCUACGGAGCUUACUCCAGAUAUCGUGGCAAAGAGUGAUGUGCUCUACUGCACUCGUGUCCAGAAGGAGAGAUUCGCUGAUCUCGCCGAGUAUGAGAGGCUCAAGGAUACAUUCAUUAUUGAUAACAAGACAUUGAAGGCGGCAAAGCCAAGCAUGGUCGUCAUGCACCCGCUUCCAAGGAACGCGGAGGUUGCGGGAGAGGUGGACUUCGACCAGCGCGCUGCGUACUUCAGACAGAUGAGAUAUGGGCUGUACUGCCGCAUGGCGCUGUUGGCUCUUGUUAUGGCACCAUAAAUGAGUGGGGAUGUGGUUUAGUUGACCAUUUCUCAACACUACAGAUUGAAAUUUUGCGAGAGAGUUUGUUCCAUAGAUUGCACAAAGGUGGAUUUUUUAUUUGCAUUUCUCUUGGCGUAGCUAGGCGGAGGUCGUAGAUUUUAAAAAGUACUGCAUUUUAAAUAAUGAUGGGAUGUGGUGUAAAUGGGUUGUUUGAAGUAUAUACACUUCGGUUGUAUUUUAUGGGUUGGGUUGGUGGUGUGUGUUACGUGUUGUGUGUAUAUAUGUGUUUAUACCUAUAUGUAUAUAUUUUUAUCUUUAUUAUGUAUACGUAAUUGAAAUCAUUGAUCUA